CUCUGUUGUUGACUGUCUGAGCAGGGCUCCAAACACUUCAUUUUCUGGCCAAAUUAUAAUGCCGUUAGUGUUGCUCCUUACCUCCUCUUAGUAUAUUAUCUCUUCUAAAUAUGUCAAUAUUUUAUGGGGGUGGCAGUAGCUCAGUCCAUAGAGACUUGGCUUGGGAAGCGGAGGGUUCCCGGUUCAAGCCCAGCAUGGAACAAAGUAUGGAAGGACCCAAAUGAAGACACAGAGUGGAAUGAUAUCCUGAGGAAGAAAGGCAUUCUUCCUCCUAAAGAGGUCCCUAAAGAAGAUGAAGAGGAGGAGCUGGCCUUACAGCAGCAGUCUAUUGUUAAAACAUAUGAGGACAUGACACUGGAAGAACUGGACGACAACGAGGACGAGUUUGGUGAAGAGGACGAGGCUGCCAUUGAGAUGUACAGACAGAAGCGUCUUGCCGAGUGGAAGGCGACUCAGAUGAAGAACGUUUUUGGGGAGAUUGUAGAAAUCUCAGGGCAGGACUACGUCAAGGAGGUCAACAAGGCUGGAGAAGGCAUUUGGGUGGUGCUCCACCUCUACAAACAGGGCAUCCCUCUGUGUUCCCUCAUCAACCAGCACAUGAACACACUGGCCAGGAAGUUCCCUCAGACCAAGUUUCUCAAGUCCAUAUCAACCACCUGCAUCCCCAACUACCCAGACCGCAACCUGCCCACCAUCUUCGUCUACUUUGAGGGAGAGAUGAAGGCCCAGUUCAUCGGCCCACUCGUCUUUGGAGGCAUGAACCUCAAACUGGAAGAGCUGGAGUGGAGGUUAUCAGAGAGUGGAGCAGUGAAGACAGACCUGGAGGAAAACCCCAAGAAGCAAAUCGAAGACAAGCUCAUGUCUUCGAUCAGAUGUUCGCUUCCUACACGAAAGGACAGUGACUCUGAGGACGAGGACUAUUAGAAAGAAAACAAAAUGCCAAUCACUCCAAACCACAGAGGCCGUCUAUGCAAGAAACACUGAGAGGAACUUGAAGCAUCUGAUGAUGUUUUGAGCAGGAACAGAGAAGGGACGGCAUCUCCUUUUAUCAGCUUCUACAUUUCAGAUUUUGAGCACGUCUGUGGCGCUCUCAUACACAGCUCAAGCCUGCCCACUUGGACAGGACACUUGGCUGGAGAGAAUGUAACCUGUGACCAGCCUCCUGUACAUCUCUGUGGGGAAGGUGGGGACAGUUUGAACACGUCCAGCUGAAUCUUUACAAAGGCAUCAAAGACAAAUUUUAACUUUUUUAUUACGUCUCAUGAUAAUGAUGUCACAAAAUGUACGUUUAAAUCUGUUAAAUUAAAUGUGAGUUCACCUCUUUGCCACA